AUGUAAUAACAUUGCAAUUUGAUUCUCAACGACCGAGGAGCUCUGUGGUUAGGGGACUACGAGUCUACUCUGAACUUAGAGUUCCUUAAAAGCAAAGGAAUCAGGACAAUCAUAACAGUGGCUGCAGGGUUAAAUGAAAAAUAUGAGGGAAUAGUCCAUCACAAAAUAGAAAUAUUGGAUAUCGAAUUAACCAAUAUUUCUUAAUAUUUUCAAACAGCCAUUGAUUGGAUUGAAAGAGGAUUUAACAUAGGAGGAGUAUUAGUUCAUUGUAUGGCAGGCGUCUCCCGAUCUGCAGCCAUAGUAAUUGCCUAUUUAAUAGAGAAGAAAAAAAUGACUUAUUAUUAGGCCUUUACUUUUGUUAAAUCUAAACGACCUCAAAUAAAUCCUAACAAAGGGUUUGCCAAUUAAUUGAUGCAAUUCGCUGCUAGACAUUCUCAGCCUCCCAUCCCAAAAACCUCUAGACCCAAUCAUUUCGAGUAGACAUAAGACUAGUUUGAAAAUAAUUUCUAUGCACCAGUUCAUCGAAAAGGUUCAGCUGGGGUUAUUUAAUAAAAUACUAAUUUCUAUAAAUCUAUUACUAAGUCGAUGUCGUAAAGUAAAAACAAAAACAAAUGAAAUUCUAUGAAUACAUAUACAAAAUUCGAGAAAACUGAAUUUAAUUAA